AAGUUCUUUAAAUUGCGGCUGUUGUUUCUGUGAGCAUGUCUAAAAACGGGCUCAUCUAUUUGAUCACCGGAGGCUGCGGGUUUCUCGGAACCCAUCUGCUCAGGGUUCUGCAGGAGAAGGAGGACGAACUGGUCGAGGUUCGAGUGUUUGACAAGCACGUAGAUCUGAGUUUAAAUGAACUCAGCACAGAGAGGACGAAAGUCGUCGUCGUUCGUGGUGACAUCACAGAUUACCGCAGCGUGCUGGAGGCCACGCGUGGAGCAGAUGUUGUGAUCCACUCUGCCAGCUUGGUGGACGUCUGGCACAAAGUCCCGGAAAGCCUCAUCUACUCCGUCAACGUAACAGGAACGGAGAACGUGAUCAAAGCGUGCGUGGAAUGUGGCGUGGAGAGCCUCGUCUACACCAGCAGCAUGGAGGUGAUCGGCCCCAACGUCCACGGAGAUCACUUCAAGAGAGGCAACGAAGACACGCCGUAUCCCGUGAAACACGUCAUGGCGUAUCCCAAAAGUAAGGCGGCGGCAGAGAAACUCGUUCUGGAAGCUAACGGCAUCACGGUGAAAGGUGGAAAGUGUUUAUUCACCUGCUCCCUGAGGCCGACGGGGAUCUACGGCGAAGGUCACCUGCUGAUGAAGGACUUCUACCAACAGGCUGCUGAUAGAGGAGGUUUGGUCAUCGGGGGCAUCCCGGACCACAUUGAACACGGGAGGGUUUAUGCAGGCAACGUUGCUUGGAUGCACGUUCUUGCAGCUCGAGCCCUCAGGGAGAAGCCUCAGGAAGUCGGAGGCGAAGCUUUCUUCUGCUACGACGACUCGCCGUACAAAAGCUACGAGGACUUCAACAUGAAGCUGCUCUCGGCGUUCAACUUCAGGAAGAUGCGCAUGCCCGCCGUGAUCCUCUGGUUCCUGGCCAUGUUCAACGACCUCCUCCGCUGGGCGCUGAGUCCGGUCUACAACUACACCCCGCUGCUGAACCGCUACACCCUGGCUGUGGCCAGCACCACCUUCACGGUGCAGACCGACAAAGCUCAGAGGUUCUUCCAGUAUCGACCCCUCUACGACUGGGAUCAGUGUUUAGCGCGAACGCAGAAAUGGGUCGGCACGUUUCCUUCAGAAAACCCCAAAGACUCCUAAUGUAACCUGAGCCUCUGCGGAGCACACACCAGAUGCUGCUCUGAAGACCACCAGGAUCACAGAACCACAGAAACCUGCAGAUAAUUGACUUUACAGGAAAUUAAGCAAACACUGAAUGCCCAACGUU